AUGGACAGCAGAACUGAGUCUUCAGAGACUCUAAGGAACAAGUGUGCCGCAUGCUUCAGGCAAUUUAAUAGAAAGGAGCACCUAGUGGAACACAUGAGGAUUUCAUAUCACUCAGUUCAUGAGCCCAUGUGUGGUAUCUGUGGAAAGCAUUGCAGGUCUUUUGAAUCACUUAGGGAACAUCUAAUAGGUCCAUUGCCAAAGGUGGAAUGUGCAAAGAUAUUCAGUAUUCGAGGGUGCAACCUAUGCUUAACUAUUCUUGAGAGCUCCAAUGCUCUUAGGUAUCACCGAGGGCGAUGCCAGUUCUCGCGUGCAAGCCCUGCAGGAUUGAUCUCUAGAAUGUCUAACUUGGGAAUACAAGAUGAUCUAAGAAUUGACAAUGGAAGAACAAGAGGGCCACAGGUAGUUGCAUUUGCUUGCAGAAUGGUUGGUGGUGGCAGUGAUGGCUCAUCAGAUCUUUGUGCCAGGGUUUGCCUUGUUGAUGAAGAUGAAAAUAUCAUCUUCCAUUCUUAUGUCAAACCUCAGUUUCAGAUCACAAACUAUAGAUAUGAAAUGACUGGCAUAAGACCAGAAUACUUAAGGGAUGCAAUGCCAAUAAAGCAAGUACAGAGGAAGAUUCAGGACUUUUUGUGCAAUGGUGAACCAAUAUGGACAAUCCGAUCCAGAAGAGGAAGAGCAAGGAUUCUUGUAGGCCAUGGUUUGGAUCAUGAUCUAGAGUGUUUAGGAGUGGAGUACCCACCACAUAUGAUCAGGGACACAGCUAUGUACCCUCCAUUAAUGAAAACAAGCAAGCUUAGCAACUCACUCAAGUAUCUGACAGAAGCUUAUCUUGGGUAUGACAUUCAGACAGGGAUACAAGACCCUUAUGAUGAUUGUGUAGCUACAAUGAGGCUUUAUAUGAGAAUGAGGUCCCAAGUUCAUCCCAUAGAGGACUAUCCCUUAGCUACUGAUGCCCCGAAUUGCAACAAUUUUUCACUUUCAAGACAAAAUGAGCUUGAAAGAAUGACACCAGAUGCACUGCUGGGUAUCUCAAGAUCUGAUUACUAUUGCUGGUGCUUGGACUCCGGGAAUUAGAGUACCAGAACCAUG